AUGGCAGAUUCGAGCAGCGUCAGCGCCAUGACAGUCACAGAGGAAGAGGAGCAUACCCCGCUGCUCCUCCGGCACAGGACCAUGACCCGCGAGGAGACCUGGUGGACGCCCAUCCGCCGAUUCUUUCUAAACAUCUGGCGAUGGGCCACCGGCGACUGCAUAGACCACGACCAGCACAUGCAGCACAUAGCCGACGGCGACCCCUUCGAAAUGAUCUUGACCACCAAACGACGCAACGGCGAGUUCGUCUGCCUCGCCGCGAAGAUGGACACCGGCGCCGCCGCAAACUUCAUGUCGGACGAGCUGUGCGAGAGCCUAGGCAUGAACGACCAGCUGAUCCCCGCCUCCGAGGAGGACCAGCACCGCUUCACCGACUACGACGGCUCGCCGCUCAAGGUCAAGGGCAUCCUCAAGCUGCCGUACACGGCGGGGAAGCGGAGCUGGUAUUAUGCGGACGACAUGGCGGCGAGGUUCUACGUCGUGAUCAUUGAGGAGGAUCCGUGGGAUAUCAUCUUGGGUAGAGAUGCGCUGUGGCAUAUGCAUGCGCUUACUAUUGAUCCGGCCUAUACCGUCAAGCCUAAGUAUGAGGUUAUAACGAAGAAGGGGGACGGGAAGGGCACGGCUGCGCCGAUUGGCUUCGGCAAGACCAUCAUGCACGCCAGCGGCGGCGGUGGUACGUUGAAUCCGUUCUCCUCGUCAUUCCACUCGGACAUUCGGGAUGCUGACUUUACCUAG